AUGGCGAGCAAAGCCACUAUCCUGCUACUAUUAAUGGGUCACCUUCUGGUUGCCCGGACCUUUGCGCAGUACAACUUUGAAAUUAAGGAGAAAGUGAACCUCAGUAGUCCUCCAGGCAACUUCAGCUACAUGGACCGCUUCAGCUCCAAACUCUUCCAGAAAAUCGCGAAGCCGAACCAGGGUAACGUCGUCAUCUCCCCCCUCUCCGUGCAUGCACUGCUUGGCAUGAUCCUUGCGGCAUCUUUUGGGGAGACUUUGCGAGAACUGAAGCAAGUCGGGGAGUUCGGCAAGAAUCACACUGAUGUGGCCCUGGACUUCCAGCGACUGGUCAAGACCAAGGAUCAUCUGGCGGGUUCCGAGCUGGCAAUAGCGAUGAGGGUCUUCUACAACCAGCGGCUGGGUGGCAUCAAUCCCAGAUUUCAUGAGUUCGCAAAGAUCUACUAUAACGCCAGCACAGUGCCCGUAGACAUGAGCAACGGCGAGGUCACGGCCAACAAGAUCAAUGACUGGGUGGCGAAUAGCACUGGGAACAAGAUCAAGAACUUGAUCUCGUCCAAAAGCAUUACAUCUAAUGUGCAGGCCAUACUGGUGAACGCCGUGUAUUUUAAGGGCCGCUGGGAAAAGGAUUUCUCCACUAGUGCCACGCGCCCCGCCAAAUUCCGCCUCACUGACGGUAGAACUUCCCAGGUGGCAAUGAUGUACAGCAAAAAUGUCUACGGCUUUGCCGAUCUGCCCGAGCUGAACGCCACCGCCCUGGAACUAGCCUACAAGGACAGUGAAACCAGCAUGCUGAUCCUGCUGCCCAAUCGGCACGAUGGAUUGGCCGACCUUGAGCAAAAGUUGGCCCUACCGGAGUUCGAUCUCAACCGGAUCGCCCCCCGCCUGCGACGCCAGAUUGUUGAAGUGAGCUUGCCAAAGUUCCGGAUCGAGUUCGAGCAGGACAUGACCGAACCCCUAAAGGAGCUGGGCCUCCGCCAGAUGUUCUCGCAAAGCUCGCAGGUGAUCAACUUGCUCAAUCAGCCAGUGGGCUUUGAUGAGAUCAAGCAGAAGGCCUACAUCGAUGUGGGCGAGGGGGGAACCGAGGCCGCGGCAGCUACCUGUAAGAUCUUACCCACUUUCCUCCCCGUAAUCCAUUACUAAUAAUUCUCUGUCCUAGAUGUGAUGGUUAGGAUUAUGAGCGGUUUUUCCAUAUUCGUCGCCAACCGGCCGUUCGUUUUUGCCAUCCGCACCCCCAGCUCAGUGCUCUUCGUGGGUCACGUGGAGGAUCCAGUUGUGAAAUGA